ACGGCGUUCAUGAGCACGGGGGCACGGGGCAGGAGUGAGCCGGCACAGGCGAUACCGGGGAAAGAAGAGCGGAGCAGCCGGUUAACAACGCAAGAGUACACGGUCUACGGAAUGAAACAUACUGAUGUUUGGUCUUCAAAGUCCUGCUCACAUUCACUUCCUCAUCCAGAACAUCCUGACAGCAAGAGCCUGACAGGCAGGAGUUGAAGAGCCGUGCCUGGUUCCGAGGGAGGGAUUGUGUUGUGACGUCUGCUGCGUUGCCUCUGGAAGAAAGAGCCUGUUUUUGUCUUGUAUCCUGGUGUGUGAGAGGAGGACUUAGUGCUGUUAGUUUGUGAGCAGCUCUCCCUAUGUGUGUGACAAUGGGGGACAUCAGUGACCUGGACCGACAGAUAGAGCAGCUCAGACGCUGUGAGCUCAUUAAGGAAAAUGAAGUCAAAGCACUGUGUGCCAAAGCCAGAGAAAUUCUGGUUGAAGAAAGCAAUGUCCAGAGAGUAGACUCUCCUGUCACAGUGUGUGGCGAUAUACAUGGUCAGUUCUAUGACUUGAAGGAGCUGUUUAGAGUUGGUGGAGAUGUCCCAGAGACAAAUUACCUCUUCAUGGGUGACUUUGUGGACAGAGGCUUCUACAGUGUGGAAACGUUCCUUCUGCUGCUAGCGCUUAAGGUGCGUUAUCCAGACAGGAUAACUUUGAUCCGGGGAAACCACGAGUCUCGGCAAAUCACCCAGGUGUAUGGCUUCUAUGAUGAAUGCCUCCGUAAGUACGGCUCGGUCACCGUGUGGAGAUACUGCACCGAGAUCUUCGACUACCUGUCUCUGUCUGCUAUCAUCGAUGGAAAGAUCUUCUGUGUCCACGGUGGUUUGUCUCCUUCAAUUCAGACACUGGACCAGAUCCGGACCAUUGACAGAAAACAGGAAGUGCCCCACGAUGGGCCCAUGUGUGACCUCCUCUGGUCAGACCCUGAAGACACCACAGGGUGGGGUGUGAGUCCCAGAGGUGCUGGUUAUCUAUUUGGCAGCGAUGUGGUGGCCCAGUUCAACGCUGCUAACGACAUCCACAUGAUCUGCCGAGCUCACCAGCUGGUCAUGGAGGGAUACAAAUGGCACUUCAACGAGACUGUGCUUACAGUGUGGUCAGCACCCAACUACUGCUACAGAUGUGGAAACGUCGCUGCCAUCUUGGAGCUGGAUGAGCAUCUACAGCGGGAGUUCAUCAUAUUUGAGGCAGCGCCACAGGAGACCAGAGGCAUCCCCUCUAAGAAGCCAGUAGCUGACUAUUUCCUGUGAAGUCUUUUUUUUCCUUUUUUUUUUUUUUUUGUUUGUUUGUUGCAGACAGCCAUGACAUAAUGAAGUUUUUUCGAGUACCGUUUCACACCAGCCACCCUUUUUCCACCUGCUGCUCCCACUGGACAAUUCUGUCCAUCUGAACUCACAGCAGUUUGACAGAAAACCUGCCCCUAACCCACUAGAAGUCCCCCCCCCCCCCCCCCCCCACACACACACACACACAGUUUCAGCCUGGGGAGGGGCCAGGUUUGUUUCCAGGGUGAGGUGAACACUGGGCCUGACUGUUGUCACUUCUCCUCAGCUCCAAAUGAUGACCAUCACAUGUUCAGCGCCCCCCCCCCAAAAAAAAAAAGACCAUCAGACGUUCUGUCAGCCCCCUCACCCCCUGUAGAUAUGACCGUGUCCUCUUCGCCUGGCUUCCACCACUGAUAGUAUUUUUCAUGAUGAACUCUAUCAUUUAGUUUUAGAAGUAUUUUGUUCUUUUUUUAUUUCUUUUAAAGAAUAUGCAGAUGUAGGAUAUUUCAGUUUCUCAUUUACCGGAUUCCUUAUGUGCAUAUGGUCUUCGUUUUUUUCUUUUUGUAUAAUUGUUGCUGCCAGGAAAAAAUGCAAAGCUCUCCCCCCUCGCCUCAUCUUGUUCUGUUUCUGUCAUAUGUGACAUUAUUUAACAAAGCCAGUGCUGCUGCUCAGCACCAUCACAGAUAAAUACCUGAAAUGUAAAACUGGCCAAAACAAGUCACUAUAUUCACCAUUGUUUUCUCUCUUAAUUCAUUUUAAUCUACAAAUCUCUGUAGGUCUGUCAAUUUUGAUAUUGUGAGAAUAAAGUUUUUGUAUUAAUGCAGA